AUGACUAAUGUUAUGCCUGUUAUUUCUAUUCAAUGCGAUUGGAUUGAUAUGUUGAGACUUUCCCAAGGGGAAUUUUGGAUAUCUUCUAAGUAUAUAGGUCAAAACAGUACACAUGAAACUAUAAAAACCUUGGUUAAUAAAACUGAUGGAAAAAUGCAUAUAAGAUGCCCACAAAAUUAUCAAUAUAUUUCACACACUAAUUUAAGCCUUGUAAUGAAGCAUAUAGAUUCCGGGUUAAAAGUGGCAUUUGUAGCACCCACUAAGACACAUAAUAUCCACAAAAAUGCUGUGCUAUCUGUUUCAUCGGGAGAAAAUGCUAUGGCAGCAUCAUCUUGUGAAGGGGAUAAACUCUUAGUUUGGGAUACUAGAACUGAUGAAGUUCUCUUGGAUUUAAAAGGUCAUGGGGGUCCAGUGUACAGAUGCAAAUUCUUUCCUUCAAAUGUAGUUUUGAUUUCUGCUGGUGCUGAUGGCUCAAGUAAAAUAUGGUCAGCUGAGUCUGGAAUUAAUCCUGUGACAUUAAUAGGUCACAAAAUGUCUGUCUGUGAUAUCAGUAUUAUUGACAGAGGAAGGAAUGUUAUAACUGUCAGCAAAGAUGGCUCUGCAAAGUUAUGGGAUGUUGGUGAAUCAAGAAAUAUUGCUAACAUUCUAGAAGGUCAUGGUCCCAUUAAUUGCUGCACCAUAACUUCAACAUCAGAUACAGUCAUGGUAGCUGAUGAUAGAGAGAUAGGUACGGGCAACAAGUUACUGGUUGUGGGUUGCGAAAGUGGUUUAAUAAUCUGUGCUCAUGUGGCCAAAAGAGAAAUUAUUUACCAGAAGCAACUGGAUUCUGCUAUAAAUGCCUGCUUGGUUAUUGAUCAAACCAUCAUUGCUGGCUGUAGUGAUGGAAAGAUUGUUUACCUUAAUGUCCAAGAUGGUUCAAUAGUAAAAGAGUUACACGAAUCUGCCAACCCAAUCAUGAGUAUGGCAACACUAGCCAAUCAAAUGUUUGUAGUGGGAAGACAAGAUGGAACCUGCACAGUUUAUUCAAUGCAAGAAGCACACAAUGCAGUAAGAGUACAACUAACAGGCUCCGAUUGCGAUGGUAUAAGAGAUAUAGCAUUUAAUGGAAAAUGGAUUUUGACAGCUUGUAGAGAUAGAAAUAUAAGAAAAUAUGAUUACAAUCAAAUAUCGGUACACUAUAAGUAA